AUGUCAUCUUCACCAAAAGAAAUUACGAUAAUAGGAGGCGGCAUUAUUGGUUGCUGCACCGCUUAUUUCCUUACUCGACAUCCUUCUUAUUCUCCAGAAACGCAUCACAUAACACUCCUCGAGGCUUCUACUAGCAAUGCCGGAGGACGUACUACAGAUAGCAUCACUGAUCCAGCUACGUUAGUUGAUCCCGAGACCGCCUCAAAGAGGAAUCCCGCCCACGACGGAAUUGCCGGAGGUGCAAGCGGUAAGGCAGGUGGUUUGCUUGCGCUGUGGGCUUUCCCUCAAAGUAUCGUACCCUUGAGCUUCAAACUACACGAUGAGCUUGCGAAAGAAUACGACGGGGAUAAGAGAUGGGGAUAUAGACGAUGUUAUGCAAGCCAGAUCGAUUGCCAGGCGCGUCUUCCACCCGGUUUCAGUGAUAGGAACAGUAUAGGCGGCGAGACGGAACAUAUCAGCAAUAGUACGGAGCGGGGUUCAAAAGGACUACAUAAAAGCCACAAGAAAGGAAUCAAAGCGCUGGAGAAACUUGGCGCCCCCGAUGAUCUGGAUUGGCUAGAUACUGAGGAGUCGCUCACUGCUUACGAGGGAAUGGGUACUCCGGAUAAUACAGCGCAGGUACAUCCUGAACUGUUCACCAGAAGCAUGGCUCAAUUGGCUGAAGAAAAGGGGGUCAAGAUCGUGACGGGCGCAAGGGUUACGGCUAUCAACAAGACGCCAGAUGAUGGGAGCGUGGAGAGCGUGACAUACGAGAAAGAUGGAAAGGAGGAGAUAUUGCCGACAACAGAUUGUGUAGUAGCUGCCGGCCCAUGGACACCGCGUCUACUGCCCGAGAUCCCCAUUAACGCAGCCCGUGCUCACAGCGUCGUCAUCAAGACGCCAAAACUCGUAUCCGCAUACGCUCUCUUCACUUCAAUCAGGCUCCCGAACGGUUUCCCCACCCCAACACCUAGAGACUCUAGAGGAGCGCCAGGUGCACACCGGCCACUGAGGGGGCAACAAAUUGUUGAGCCUGAAAUCUACGCACGACCAGACGGUACCGCAUAUGCUUGUGGGCCUACAGAUGAUAUGGUCGACCUACCAUUAACGACCGCCGAGGUCGAAGUCGACGUGGCCCGAUGCGAGGACAUCAUAUAUCAACUCGGCGGCAUAAGCGACGAUCUAGGCAAGGACGGCGAGGUCCUUGCGAAGCAGGCGUGUUAUCUACCACAAGGCGGGCCUUAUAUAGGCAAAGUAAGCCACACUAAGGGGCUUUUCGUUGCCGCAGGGCAUACGUGCUGGGGUAUACAAAAUGCGCCUGCGACAGGGAAGCUCGUCAGUGAGAUUAUCUUAGACGGUGAGCCGAAGAGCGCAAGGCUAGGCAGUUGUGAUCCGUCGUUAGUCUUAUGA